AUGGCUUCCGCCGCGCUUUCGCCGCCGCCCCCCUUUCUCGCCGCCCCGGGCACUCCAGCCAUACCAUGGACCCGCUGGAUACGCCUCUUCGAGAAUUUUCUUCUCGCGUCUGGAGCGGCCGACCUGCCUGCGCCCCGCCGUCGAGCCCUGCUGUUGCACUGCCUGGGCCCGGAAGGACAACGUAUUUUCGAUGCGCUUCCACCGACGCCCACCGCACCCCAGCUACCGACGACUGAGCCGUUGGCCGCCGCCGCUACCUCAACCGGUGAAGUCAAAGACCGUGGCGUGCCCUCCAAGCAAGAAGCAGCAGCGACGAGUCUCCCAGACGUAUACGACGCGGCCCGCGAGAUUCUGGAACGACAUUUCGCCGGCGCGCGCAACAUUCGCCUAGAACGACAUCACUUCCGAGAGCGCCGUCAGCUACAUGGUGAGUCCAUCCCCGACUUCGCCCUCGCGCUUCGUGAACUGGCAGCCUCUUGCGAUUUCGCCGAGCAAGCCAACGAUAAUAUGUGCGAUCAGUUCGUUACCGGAGUUGCAUCCCCGCAGUUGCGAUCACGGUUGCUCUUGGAAGGUGACACGUUGACGUUCGACCGUGCCGUUGAAAUUGCGCUACUCAGCGAGCGAGCCCAGCUGCAGUCGGAAGCUUUUUCUAAUUCCGUUGAGCGCAUCACACGCCAACAUCCACGUCAGUAUGACGCUUCCGAACAAAGCACGCGCGAUAGUCGCCGGUACAACAACGAGGCACGCCCCCUUUAUCAGAGCCGCCCUAGCUUGCCGCACGCUCGUCAAACGAGCUCGCCAUCUUCAGAUACCAACGCUGCCGAUGUUCAGUACAGCAAAAAUACGCAGGCUUGUGGUAAUUGCGGCACACGUCACUGUGAACCGACGGCAUGCCCCGCUCGCGGUAGAACCUGCUUCGCAUGCGGCCGCCGUGGCCACUUUAUGCGAGUGUGUCGUAGCUCACGCAGAGCACAAGGACAACGCCCGACUCACAUCCAAGAAGUAGUUCCUGAACAAGAUGCAUCAGAUGUCAUUAGCCUACUGACUGUUCACGAAGACAAGCGCAAGGGCGUCUACAUUGAUGUCGUAGUCACGCCAGUCGCCUCGAGCUCAGAACCGCGCGUUGCUAAGUUCUUGGUCGACACGGGAUCAGCUGUGUCAAUUAUACGGGAACAAGAAUUUCGAAACAUGUUUGAAGGGGUUCAGUUGACCAGCUCUGCCCUUACAUUGUUGGACUUCCAACGCCGGAAGAUCCCCGUACUGGGCCAGUUUAAAGCAAGCAUCUCGUUUAAAAGGGAAACAGCCGUGAUAGCCAUUCAUGUCACCCCCGGAGGAACUUCUCUUCUGGGUCUGGACGCGGUGCAAGCUUUAGGACUGCACAUUGUGGGCGCGCAGCUACGCUGCCUGUGCACGGCUGCCGAAGCUUCAGAGACCAUGAGUCAGAAAACAGCAACAUCUGCGCAUACGGGCGGCGCAGUUCCUGCAAGCCCGCCGAAGUUCGAUAUGCCACCUCUGUUAUGGGCUAAGUUUUCACAUUUGUUUUCACCGGGCCUUGGCCUGGCCAAAGGCGUCCAGCAUCAGGUCAAAAUGAAGCCGUCAGUCCCUCCAGUGGUGCAGAAGCUGAGACGCCUCCCACUUUCCCUGCGCAAGCCAGUUAGCGACCAGCUUCAGCGGCUCCUCUCCGAUGAUGUAAUUGAAAGGGCUAACGCCUCUGAAUGGAUCUCUCCUAUAGUUGUCGUCCGCAAGAAAGAUGACAGCAUCCGCCUAUGCGUUGACCUCAGAGAGCCCAACAAAGCAAUUGUAGUUGAUAGCUUUCCCCUGCCUCAUACGGAAGAGCUGCUGCACUCUCUUAAUGGUGCACGUUACUUCUCAAAGCUCGACUUGGCCUCUGCAUAUUACCAAGUUACCCUUCAUCCGGACAGCAGAGACCUUACGGCUUUCAUUACGCACGACGGCCUUUUCCGGUUUAAAAGAGUGUGCUUCGGAUUGGCGUCUGCUCCAGCCGCAUUUCAGCAACUCAUGACUGCAAUCCUGCAUGGUUGCAAGGGGGUCCUCUGCUACAUAGACGAUAUCAUCAUCUUCGAUGUAGGCAUGCUGCGUUCAUUUCUUGGUCUUGUGGAGUAUUAUGCCAAGUUUAUUCCCAACCUUGCCGAAGAGGUAGAACCUACGCAUCCCGCUCAGGAGAUGUCCUCACUUCGGAAGAGGGUGAAAGAGCGCCAGCUUAAAAGCAAGGAUUAUGUUGACCGACGGAGAGCUGCCCGAGUACCCAAGUUCCAAGUUGGAAAGUACGUGAGGGUCAAGAAGCCAGUCCCUGGUCCGAAAGGCACUCCCACUUUUGGACCUCCUUUGAAAAUUCUCAAGCGAAUAGGACGCUGGUCCUUCUGCCUGGAAGAUGGUCGCACGUGGAAUGCCUCUCAAUUGACUGCAGUUCCCAAGGAAGCCCUGCUGCACCAUGCGCUAAUAUGGAAUGACAAAGGACACUCCCACGACACCGUGCGAAGUCCACCGACGCCUGGCAGACCGACUCUCUCCUCUGAGCUUCACCAGCACCCUGCUCCUAAUGAUGAUGAUCGUGAUGGUGAUAGUGCUCCAGUGGAUGGUGAUGGUGAUUGUGCUCCAGUUUUUGGCACCGAACCGGCUGCACAGCAGACGUGCCACUGA